AUGCCUCACCAGCUGCGAUCGCUCUCGACGACCCUCCGCCGGUGCUCCGCGACCAGCGCGCCGAACACAUCCAUCCCCAAUCCACCGUCGUUCUCGGAAGGGCUACCCUCUUUCGAAGCUUCUCGCAAGCAACCGCCCCAGACGUUGACGGAGAAGAUCGUGCAGCGCUAUGCUGUCGGCCUCCCCGAGGGCAAGCUCGUCCGGAGCGGCGACUACAUCAGCCUGGAACCCGAGAGAUCCAUGUCUCACGACAAUUCGCACGCCAUCAUUUCCAAGUUCAAAAGCAUGGGGGCUACGCAGGUGAAGCGCCCGGGCCAGAUCGUCUUCACAAUCGACCACAACGUACAGGACACCAGCGAGGCCAACCUGAGGCGCUACGCGCAAAUCGAAGAGUUUGCCAAGGAGCACGGCAUCGAUCGGUAUCCCGCGGGCCGAGGUAUUGGUCAUCAAAUUAUGGUGGAGGAAGGAUAUGCCUGGCCUGGAACCAUGGCCGUGGCCUCGGACUCGCACAGCACACACUACGGCGCUGUGGGUUGCCUCGGAACGCCCAUUGUCCGCACGGAUGCCGCGAGUAUCUUGGCCACCGGUCGCACGUGGUGGCAGAUCCCGCCCAUCGCGCGCGUCACGCUCAAGGGGACGCUGCCGGUGGGUGUGACAGGCAAGGACGUCAUCGUUGCGCUCUGCGGCCUCUUCAAGAGCGACGUGCUCAACCACGCCAUUGAGUUCACCGGCUCCGAGGAGACGAUGGCGAGUCUAUCGGUGGACAGCAGGAUGACCAUUGCCAACAUGAGCUGUGAGUGGGGAGCCCUGACGGGCUUGUUCCCCAUCGACCGCGCCUUGGAACGCUGGCUACGCGGCAAGGCCAGCGAGGCCGCCAUGCUCGACGACCGGACGACGCGCCAACGCAUCACGCACGAGAGGGUGGACGAGCUGUUCGCCAACCCCCUCACCGCGGACGAGGGCGCCCAGUAUGCCAAGCAGCUGUACCUUGACCUCUCCACCCUCUCGCCGUACGUCUCAGGGCCCAACUCGGUCAAAGUGGCCACGCCGCUCAACGAGCUGGCCCCCCAGAACAUCAAGAUCAACCGCGCGUACAUUGUCAGCUGUACCAACAGCCGCGCGUCGGAUUUGGCAGCGGCCGCUCAAGUUAUCAAGGAUGCUGCCGAGGCCAAUGGCGGCGUCAUCCCCAAGGUGGCCGACGGCGUCAAGCUCUACAUUGCCGCCGCCUCGCUGCCCGAGCAGGAGGCGGCCCAAGACGCUGGCGACUGGCAGGUUCUCUUGGAUGCGGGUGCGGAGGCGCUUCCGUCCGGUUGUGCCAUGUGUAUUGGCCUAGGCAAGGGCUUACUCGAGCCAGACGAGGUCGGCAUCAGUGCGAGCAACCGCAAUUUCAAGGGACGUCUCGGUGCACGCUCCGCGCGCGCCUACUUGGCCAGUCCCGAGGUUGUCGCCGCCAGUGCGCUCAGUGGUGUCAUCUCCGGUCCUGGCGCCCACCAGGUGCCAGAGGGCUGGUCGGGCGUGGAUCACGGCUACGGCAAUGGUGCGCUACCCAACCCUGUGAAUGAGCUCGGCAACAUGGUGGAGCAGCUGGAGUCUCUCAUCGACCGGAUCGAAUCCGCCGGCCCCGAUCCCUCCAAGGCCGACGACGCCGCGUUGGAGAUCCUGCCUGGCUUCCCCGAACGUAUCAGCGGCGAGAUUCUCUUCUGCGACGCUGACAACCUCGACACAGACGCCAUCUACCCGGGCCGCAUGACGUACCUGGACCAGGUGUCGCAGGCAGACAUGGCCGAGGCGUGCAUGGAGAACUACGAUCCGGACUUUGGCGCCAGCGCGCGGCCCAACGACAUUCUCGUGGCCGGUUUCAACUUUGGAUGCGGCUCCUCGCGCGAGCAGGCCGCGACGGCCCUUUUGGCGCGCCAGAUCCCGCUCGUGGUGGCGGGGAGCUUUGGCAACAUCUUUGCGCGCAACAGCAUCAACAACGCCCUCAUGGGCCUCGAAGUGCCGCGCCUCGUGGAACGACUGCGCGCCCGCUUCUCGGCUGGCGAGGGGGCGCAAGAGAACCGAUCCCCGACCCGACGCACGGGGUGGACGCUGACGUGGGAUGUGAAGCGUAGCGUGGUCGAGGUGUCCGAAGGAGAAGGCGGCGAGACGUGGACGGAGAAGGUGGGCCAGCUGCCGGCAAAUGUCCAGGCGAUCAUUGCGGCGGGUGGUCUUGAGGCUUGGGUCAAGGCACAGGUCGCCGCGUCGUAA